AUGGGCACCUAUCUCUAUGGGCGCCUAUCUCUAUGGGCGCCUAUCUCUAUGGGCGCCUACCUCUAUGGGCGCCUAUCUCUAGAGGGGCGCCUGUCUCUAGGGGCGCCUAUCUCUAUGGGCGCCUAUCUCUAUGGGCGCCUAUCUCUAGGGGCGCCUAUCUCUAUGGGCGCCUAUCUCUAUGGGCGCCUCGCGCCUAUCUCUAGAGGCGCCUAUCUCUAUGGGCGCCCAUCUCUAGGGGCGCCUAUCUCUAUGGGCGCCUAUCUCUAG